AUGAAGCGAGCCCUUUCUCUCCUGAGCCUCUUAGUGGCCUAUGGAUUCCUGCCAGCAUCCGACUCUUCCUCAGAAGGUAACACAACAAAUCCUGUGACUCUUCCAAGGGUGGGAAUAUUUCUGGUGGGAAGCUGGAAAAGGAAUGUAAUCGAAUAAUUAUUUUCCUUUAUUUUAAUUUCACAAUAUCUAUAUACUCCAUGAUUGCCCACAGCAGCUCACAAAAAGAGUUUUUACAAGUAUGUGCGUGGAACUCAUUUCUAGGAAGUUGCCUUUGAUUUUUCAUAAAAUCACAGAAUUGUAGCUUUGGAAAGAGCCCAAAGGGUCACGUCUUGUAGAGUUCGUGCAUUGUUUUGGGGACAUGAAUUUAUGAAAAUCUUCGAGGAGAUCCAUGAUUGAUUGGGUUGGGGAGGGUGCCUCUCUGAACCCCUUUUCUGUCAAAACCUGGUAUGUGGAUAGGAACCAACCUCCAAGAGGGCAUCUCAGCUUAAGGCCUGUAAAUAGCCACUCGCCUUUGGUGAGUUGAGAGUAUUUUCAAGGUGACCAGGAAAGGAGAUUUUUGUUUUAUUUUUUAUGUUUGGUCCUGUGGAACAGGCUCUCAGAGUGUGGUGCAAAUGAUUUGACAUACACAUUUAUGGGAAGGCUGGGCUGGUGAAAAAUGCCAGGUGGUGGGGUGGAGAAUUUUUUGUAAACUGAAUUGGCCAAGAUUGUCCUGGAUAGUCGCUGCAUCAUGCCAUCUGUGUACCUUGCUGCUGAAAUUUGAUUGCCCUGGUUUGGACUUGGGGGCCCUUUGAGCUGAUGUUUUUGGUUCUCUCUUUUAAAGCGUUGGCCUCUGAGAAAUUGACUGGUCCUGACAUUUUAUUCAGCAUCAACACAGCCAAGCGGUUGGUGGAUCAAGCAUACAAGUUGUACCGGGAGAGGUGAGCUUCCUUCAUGUAAAUCUGCAUUAAAUCUUCCCUCCCUCCCCUUUCAGUCAUCAUUAGUGGAGUAUGCCCCUUGGGUAUAUAAGUACAUAAGUACAUACAAUUAAAGGGACGCGGGUGGCGCUGCGGGUUAAACCACAGAGUCUAGGACUUGCCGAUCAGAAGGUCAGCGGUUCAAAUCCCCGCGACGGGGUGAGCUCCCGUUGCUCGGUCCCUGCUCCUGCCAACCUAGCAGUUCGAAACACGUCAAAGUGCAAGUAGAUAAAUAGGUACCACUCCGGCAGGAAGGUAAACGGCAUUUCCUUGCGCUGCUCUGGUUCGCCAGAAGCGGCUUAGUCAUGCUGGCCACAUGACCCAGAAGCUGAACGCCGGCUCCCUUGGCCAAUAAAGCGAGAUGAGUGCCGCAACCCCAGAGUUGGUCACGACUGGACCUAAUGGCCAGGGGUCCCCUUUACCUUUACAUACAAUUAAUCCAAUUAAUGUAAAAUUAUUAACAAGACAUUAUGAUUUUUAUGAAUGGAUCCCCAAUAUCAUUGCAUUUAUCCAUGCACAAUCUGCAUCUAAAAGCAAUCCGUUCAUAUAUUGCUGGAGUUGGCAUAGCAUCAUUAACAACAAAGAAUUUUAGAAAGAGCAUGCAGAGGUACCUUGGUUUUCGAACCACUCCGUUGACGAACAUUUCGGUUUGCGAACACGCCUCGGAAGUCGAACGUGCCACACAGUUUCCUCUGAGUGCAAGAUCCUGAGGUCUAGCUGUCAGCUGUUGAGUUUUUUAACAUUUCAGAAGUCAAAUGGUCUUUGGGAACAGAUUAUGUUCGUAAAACUGAGGUACCACUGUAGUUUAAAAAAUAAAACCGAAGGGAGCAAAACGGCAACAGCAAGCCAGCGAGUAAGGGUCACUGCAUAAGCUUGCCAGUUGCUGGAAACCACAAGGGAGGAGGGGGCUCUUGAGCUUGCACCCUUCUGGUGGGUUUCUGGGGGGAACAGGAUGCUAGACUAGCUGGGCUAUUGGCCUGAUCCAGCAAAGCUCUUUUAGGUUCUUAGGUUCGCCAUUAGGAAGGCUUGCUGUGACACUUCUGAGCACUUUCUGCUAAGGUCCCCCGUCUCCCUGCUGCCAUCUCCUCUGUGCUUCUCUUUCCAGAGCGAAGGAGAACUUGAGAAACCCCCAUCUCACCCCCUCCGACUUCCUGAGACAUUUAAAGGAACCGGUGGCGGGGACCAGGACUGCAAUCCGGGCGGCGAGUUACAUGGAAACGGCAUUGGAUCUCCUGAGGCAGAAACUGCAGAAGGUCUGGCACCGUCGGUUCAACAUCACAGGUAUUGUGAAUCCCUGGGUGAAAGUUUUAGCACAGUGGUGGUGGUGGUGAACUUUCAGCCCGGUUUAGCCAAGCCACAACCACUUUACCUGAGUCAGGUAAAAGCUGGCCAAAAGGGGGGUUUGAAGGCACUGCUGCUCAGCUGAUGGUUGGUGCCUGCAAACCGCUGACUCUUUGCUUGUGCAGCUUGAUGUCAAUCCAGAAUGUGGCAGCUAGACUGGUGACUGGGAGUGGCCGCCGAGAUCACAUAACACUGGUCUUGAAAGACCUACAUUGGCUCCCAGUACAUUUCCGAGCACAAUUCAAAGUGUUGGUGUUGACCUUUAAACCCUAAACGGCCUUGGCCCAGUAUACCUGAAGGAGCGUCUCCACCCCCAUCGUUCUGCCUGGACGCUGAGGUACAGCGCUGAGGGCCUUCUGGUGGUUCCCUCAUUGUGAGAAGCAAAGCUACAGGGGAACAGGCAGAGGGCCUUCUCGGUAGUGGCGCCUGCCCUGUGGAGCGCCCUCCCAUCAGAUGUCAAAGAGAUAAACAACUACCUGACAUUCAGAAGACAUCUUAAGGCAUCCCUGUUCAGGGAAGUUUUUAAUGUAUGACAUAUUAGUGUAUUUUUGGUCUUUGUGGAAGCCGCCCAGAGUGGCUGGGGAAACCCAGCCAGAUGGGCGGGGUACAAAUAAUAAAUUAUUAUUAUUAUUAUUAUUAUUAUUAUUAUUAUUAUUAUUUCAAACCACACUGGUAAAUGAUGCCCUUGUGAUGUCAGGUGAUUGACAAGUGGGCAGCCUUACCUCUCAUACUUGGUGGGGUGGGUUAGACUGCUGAAGGUAGAUUCUCAUUGAAAUUUGCUUCUAAGACAAAAGCCAUUGCUUUUCUUCCCCUUAUCUUGUUUAGAUGUGCUAAGCAUCCAGCAGAAAGAUAUGAUCACCAGAGCCACUGGCUGUGACUAUCUGAUCCGCCCAGUCCGGUGCCCACAAAACAGCCCUUAUCGGACCAUCACAGGAGAAUGCAACAAUCGGUAAGGAGGAGCUGGCUGGAGAAGGGUUUUAUUUGGGGGGGGUGCAGGCAGGUCAAAGGUUCUCCCUCAUCUGAGGGGAAAUACCACUCUUACCACUGGUAAGAGCUGGAGAAGUCAUCUGGGAACCUGGGCCAAAGGAAGGCGUUGAAGGAAAUUAGAAAAAGGACACCAAAAUGAUCAAGGGCAUGGAGUGGCUUCCUUGUGAAAAAAGGUUGCGGUGUUUGGGAUUUAUUAGUUUAGAGAAAAGGCAAGUAAGAGAUGACAUGGUAGGAGUUCAUAAAGUCAGGCGUGGCAUGGAGACAGCAGACAGAAGAAAGAUUUUUCUCCCUCCCUCAUAAUACUAGAACUCACAGCCCUUCCAUAAAUAUGACCGUUGGAGGAUUUUCUUUUAUCUGUCCUGAAUCUCCCAACAUUCAUUGGAAGUCCAUGAUUUCUAGGGUCACGAGAGAUGGCAAAAAGCUUUUCUCUCCCCACUCUCCCCAUGCAGAUCCUCAUCUCUCAGAGCAGGCAUUUAAAUAUGUCUCUUGAUAUGUUCAUAACUGCCCAGAACUUUGCUGCUACGCCACAUUCAGAGGUGGACAGAAAUGGUGCGUGGCUAAGUUCUGGCCUGCAUGUGAUUUCGAGGAGUGCAGAUCAGCUCACCUUGGACUGGGAUUUGCAAAGGUUAAUCCCUCGAAGCAGGCCUGCCUCCAGAAGAGCCUUCACGCAUGGGGCAGAGUUCCAAACUAAUGCGCUUCUCCCCCCCCCCGCUCUAGGAAGCACCCUCAUUUUGGUAUGUCUAACCAUGGCUAUGCCCGCUGGCUCCCAGCAGAGUAUGAGGAUGGUGUGUCUCUUCCCAAGGGUCUCAUCCAGGGCCAGCUUUAUCAUGGACACCCCCUCCCACUGGUAAGAGCUGGAGAAAUUAUCCUGGGAUCCUGGGACAAAUUGUAGAGAAACAGCUGUGUUGGGGGUGGGUUCGAAGAGGCGGCAGAGGUGGUGGACCAAUCAUUCGGGGUUUCUAGGGGGACAGCAUGGUGUCUGUCACCACAUGGACAACCCCUAUAGGAGGAGAUUACUCUCAUUUGAUAUAGCAAAUCCCUGCACACUCACCGAAAUGAGAUAUUCUGCUUCUAGGCAAUUUGAAGUUUGAGCCAAUCACUUUUAAAAAAUAAAUACAGCUUUCAUCGAUUUAUCGUAAACAUAUCUACGAACUAAGACAUAACCAUACAGAUUAUAACAAAAACCAUACACAGGGCAUAUUCCGUACAAAAAACAAAUGACUGAGACGCAGCUUUUAAGAUCAGUCUAUAUAGUCCAAUCAGGACGCGGGUGGCGCUGUGGGUUAAACCACAGAGCCUAGGACUUGCCGAUCAGAAGGUCGGCGGUUGGAAGCCCAUGACGGGGUGAGCUCCCGUUGCUCGGUCCCUGCUCCUGCCAACCUAGCAGUUCGAAAGCACGUCAAAGUGCAAGUAGAUAAAUAGGUACCGCUCUGGCAGGAAGGUAAACGGCAUUUCCAUUCGCUGCUCUGGUUCGCCAGAAGCGGCUUAGUCAUGCUGGCCACAUGACCCGGAAGCUGUACGCCGGCUCCCUCGGCCAAUAAAGCGAGAUGAGCACCGCAACCCCAGAGUCGGUCACGACUGGACCUAAUGGUCAGGGGUCCCUUUAUACAGUCCAACCACAAAGAGGAGUGAGUUGUGGGAGGAGCGCGUGUACAACUCUCCUUAUCUAUAUAAUAAGAAAAUGGGGACCAGUCUGUGUCAAAACUGUCUGAUUUGGCUUUGCCCCAGACGAUGCAUUGAUGUCUGGCCAGGCAUUCAGAUAAAGCGAUGGAAUUGAAUAGGAAUUUUUGAUGCUUCCCCGUGUUGGGCUAUUACCAACAUGGCUUCUAAUAGUAACUAGUUUUUUAGAAAUUGAAUUCCGUCCCCACUAUACAAUGACCCAAAAGUCUUAUUCACGUGCCCUUCAAACCCUCUAGUGCACUUCUUGGCAGUGGCAGUGCCACAUGUUUGUGUCUGUGUGUUGUUGUUGCUUGCACAUUGCUUACAGUUCCUCUUCUGGCUUCCCCUUUUGGAGCCAGAGCACUUAGCAUUGAGGCUAUGCAAAUUGAACACUCUGCAUCAUUUCCUCCGGUGGCCCUUGGGUGCUCCACCAUAGGUGCGGCAGGUAUCCAACGAGAUCAUCGCCACCCCCAAUGAGAAGAUCACAGAUGACCAGGAGCGCUCGCUGGCAUUCAUGCACUGGGGCCAGUGGGUCGACCAUGACAUGGACUUAGCCCCCAUGACUGAAACCAGCAUCCAGAACCAGGAUGUCCACUGUGACACCAGCUGCAACUACGCGCCCCCCUGCUUCCCGAUUAAGGUAACGGAAAAUUCGGUGUUAAGAAAUUCUUAGGGUGAGACAGGUGUAUGUGUUUUGCUGGGGUGGGAUGGAGUCAGGUCUUUUGCAGGCCCUCUGUCCACUUUGAACUAUUAGCUCCCAGCAGCCUUUGACAACAUGACACCUUCCAGGUGUGUAGGACUACAACUCCCAUCAGCUGGCUCGACUGUGAUCCCAUGAGCCCCAGCAUUGUACAGGCAUUCUGGCUGAUGAGAGCUGCAGUCUGAAAUAUCUGGGUUACCAGGUGGCUCUUGACACAUUGCAAAGUGCACAUUGAAAAUGUUGGAAGGUUCAGGACAGAUAGGGAAAAGUCCUUCUUCACGCAGCGUGGUGGUUAAACUGCGGAACUCCAUCCCACCUGAGACAGUGACAGCCAUCAAAUUGGAUGGCUUUAAAAGAGGAUUUCACAAAUUCAUGGAGGGAGAGGGCUAUUGAUGGCGACUAGCCAUGAUGGUGAUACUCUGCCUACAAAGUUGGAGACAUUAAUGCUUCUGUGUAUCAGGUGCUAGAAACCACAGGAAGGGAGAGUGCUGCUCUUGUGUUCAAAUCCUGCUAGCGGCCUUCCCUUGGGGACAUCUGGUUGGCCACUGUGAGAACAGAAUGCUGGAUGAGAUGGGCCAUUGGCCUGAUCCAGCAGCCUCUUCUUGUGAUCUUACACGCUCUUAUCGGGUGUUUCCAAGAGUGGCCCACAAACUGCAUUUGCCCACUAGCAGAUUUAUGCCAGGGGGCUGAGUAGGCUGAGUUUUUUUAAAAUAUCUAGCAGAGCCCAUGGGGAGAGGAGAAAUGUGCAGCUGCUUGCAUGGGAGGAACAGUUCCCUGGUCGUAAUAUUGGCCAAUGCCUGUAACAUCACCUACCACCCUCCCACAAUACUUGGAUCAGUGGUAACAUUUUCUUUUUUAAAAAAAAAUUGUUGGGAGUGUGAUUAUUUUUCUUUCUGUCUUCUGGAAUCUAAAAAAACAAAACAAAACUUGGGCCAGUCACUGUCCCUGCACCUAACCUGCUGCACAGGAUUAUUGUGGGGAUUAAUGAAGAAGGGAGAACCAUGUCUACUAACUUGAGCUUCUUGGAGGUAUAGAUGCAAUAAAUAAAAAACAAACGAAUUGUGGGAUUGUUUCCUGCAGAUUCCACCUGGAGACCCACGGAUUACAAAGCCAGGCAUCUGCAUGCCUUUCAUCCGGACCACCCCUGUUUGCAACCCCACGACAUUCAUCCGCGAGCAGCUCAAUUCCAUCACGUCCUUUCUGGAUGCCAGCAUGGUGUAUGGGAGUGAGGAGCCUUUGGCAAGAAGCCUCCGGAACCAAAGCAACUCUCUGGGUUUAAUGGCGCUCAACCAGAACUUCACAGACGCUGGUUUGGGCCUCCUUCCUUUCGAGAGCAAUUCAAACAGCAUCUGCCUCUACACAAACAGAACUGCCAACAUCCCAUGUUUCAAUGCAGGUAUGUCUUUCCACCAGGGCAUGGUCAGCAGCUGCCAGUCAGUGUAAACAGUAGUACUCUAGGUGACCAAUGAUAAAGUAACUUCCUAUGUUUUGGUGGAUCGGGGCAUCAAGUGUUAGGCCAAAUGCACACCAUAUGUUUAAAGCACUAUGAUACCACUUUAAACAGUCAUGGAUUUCCUCCCCCAAAGGAUCCUGGGAAGUGUAGUUUAUUAAGGGUGCUGAGAGUUGUUAGGAGACCCCUCUUCCCCUGUCAGAGCUGUAAUUCCCAGGGUUUCCCGUGAAGAGGGAUUGAUUAUUGACUCUGCCUGCCAUUGGCUCUGGCACCACCUGCUGUUGGGCUCGCUGCCUUCUGCCCUACCAGUCUCCAUGUGGCUUCACACAGCAAUAAAAGAGUGUUAAUUCAAUCCGCUUGAAAUUAGAGGGAUGGUUUCUUUAACUUUGCAGGGGAUAAACGUGUCACUGAAAAUCUGGGGCUGACAGCUCUCCACACCCUCUUUGUCCGGGAGCAUAACCGAUUGGCCAGGGAGCUGAAGGCGCUGAACCCCCACUGGGAUGGGGAAAAGAUCUAUCAGGAAGUUCGGAAGAUUAUUGGGGCAGUGAAUCAGGUAUGGUGACAAAUGGGCUCUUCCUUUCGGCUUCAUUCAAAAGAGAGUUUCACUCUAACUUCAUUCAUGCCUUCAGGGAAGGUGCGAGGGAGGAAUUUAAUUCAGCUCACAUUUAGACACAAACUCACAGAAUUUGCACUUUCUGCAAGAAUGUUCAAACCAAAUCCUUUGCAUUUCUCCAAAUUUCACAGUGCAGUUCUCCAGCCAAGUGAUGGGUACAAAAAUGCAUAUUUUGGGGUAAAGUGUGCAUUAAAAGGGAAAUAUUGGAGAAAAUAACAAAAAAAGUUAACUCAUUGGGAAAUCAAGAGUAUCCUGAGAAGAAUUGGAAACCCCAUGACCUUGAAGAAGCCAACAGCUGUAGAAAAAGGCACUGUCCCUUUAACUGCCAAGGAGGCAGGACCUCCAGGCACUUAGGGGGCAGGGCCUCUAGCCAGCAACUACCUGGCCGGGCUAUAAAAUUCUGCCAGUUUUUCCAGGACCUUUGCUAAGACAACUCCGAUGCCUGGGCUUAGCAGUGCUGUCCAUGGUGCUGAACCCCCACCCCAGUCGCUCUCCAAGGUCCUGAGCUGUUUGGAGGAAAGGGCUGGAUGUACAGUACGGUUGCAUCUUAACGCGAAACACCCCUCAUGGCUAGUGGAUGAGGGGGAGAGAGACAGAAUCCCUUGUGCUUCCAGAUCCUGUGUGCCAAGUGAGUCAGAGAACUUAAAAGCUCUUCAGGUAACACAAACAGACCCAUUGCGAAAAGCUCUCUGCCUUGCUGGGAUUGAACUUGGAUGAUUUCAACCAGCCUGCCUUCAACCACAUUGGGUUGAAAUAGCACAAGGUAAAUGUGUGUAAGAUGCGGUUGUACUGCAUAUGUAAAAAUCAUGCCUGAGAUGUAACUCCAGUUGCUCAUAUGAGUCCCAUAUUAGCCUGACCUCAGUUGUCUUCCCUCGUGUAAGCUCCUGGAGGUCAGGGACUCUCUUUGUUUCCCUUCAGACUUAGUAUAGUGGCCACUAAACACCCAUAGCCACACACUUGCACACACACACAUUGUGUUCAUUUGUAUACAAUUUAAAAAAAUAAAAAGAAUAAAAAUAUUAAUGCUUGUGAAAACUUAAAGCUGGACAGAAGCUAAGUCUUAAUUAGAGGACAAUUUGCAAUCUGGGAGGCUAGGGUGGUUUAAUUAAUUAUUGUUAUUUAAGUUUGAAAUCAAUAAAACAUAUUUUAAAAACCAAAAAAAUAACAGUGGAGUCUUCCCUGGUUUGGUUGCAGGUGAUCACCUUCAGAGACUACCUGCCCCUUGUCUUGGGCAAUGAGAUGAACAAGCAGUUGCCUUUGUACAAAGGCUACAAUGACUCUGAGGACCCCACUGUCUCAAAUGUGUUCUCCCUGGCCUUCCGGUUUGGACACGGUUCUGUUCCCCCAUUUGUGCCCCGCCUGGACCAAAACUUCAAGCCCCUUGUCCCAUAUUCCAAUGUCCUUCUUCAUCUCACCUUCUCUGCUUCAUGGAGAAUCGUAAUGGAAGGUAAUGCUUUUGUUCCUUGUCCUGCGGGGUUCUUGGGCUAUCUGGGAAACAGAAAUCUCCUGGGAACAAAGUAAGGGCAAACACAGGUCACAGCACAGCCUAAAAGACCAAGGGUGGGCUUUUAUGACGAACUUUCUAUAGAAGGUUGCUCCAAGCUGGAAAGUGUGCAGAAGAGGGCAGACAAGAUGAUGAUGGGCCUGGAAACCAAACCUUGUGUGGAACAAGUUGAGGGAGCUGGGUAUAUUUAGCCUGGAAAAGAGAAGACUGAGAGGAGAUAUGAUAGCCAUCUUCAAAUAUCUGAAGGGUUGUUGCGUGGAAGAUGGAGCAAGCUUGUUUUCUGCUUCCCCAGAGGGGACCAAUGGAGUCAAAUUGCAAAAAGGAUAUUCCGACGAAACAAGUUUCUGAUGGUAAGAGGUGUUUGAUGAUUUUGAAGGUGGAAAAACCGUCCCCUUUCCAUUAAAAAAUAAAAAUAAAAGGACACCCUAAACCUUGGGUUGAGUGUUCCUCAUCUUCAGGGCCACCACUACCUUUCUUUUCCAGGUGGCAUUGACCCUCUUCUCCGUGGCCUCCUGGCUGACCAUGCCAAGCUGAUGAAGCAGAACCAGAUGAUGGUGGAGGAGCUCCAGGAUCGGCUCUUUGAGCAGCUUGAGCUCAUCGGCCUUGAUCUGGCAUCCCUGAACCUCCAGCGGGGGAGAGACCAUGGCCUGCCAGGUAGGAGAGCCUGUCCUGAGGUUUUUGACCCUGUCCAUGGUUUCUUGUGCUAAACAGUGAGUGAAGAGAUCCAGGGUGGCUUGGUGAGGAGGAGAGUCAACAGGAGACUUAGGAUUGCAAUGUCUUUACAGAGAUAGGAGUUGGGUGAUUCCCAAGAAACCAGAGGCCUUUCUGUUAGGUAUAAUUGGACCGAAGGAAUUGUUUAAUUUGUUUAUGUAUGCUAUGACGGGGGCAAGAUUGUCCACGCACACAAAUGGAAAGAAGAGGAAGCCCCAAUGAAAGAAGAAUGAAGAUGAUGGAAUAUUAUGAGAUGGCUAGACUAGCUGUGAGAAUUAAAGAACAGAAUGAAGAAUGAAUUUUUUUUUAUUGAAGAAUGGAAGUAUUUUGUAGCAUAUUUGAAAAAAAAUAUCAUGGUUAUGUUAAAAUGUAUGCAGGAUUUGAAGUACAGCAGCAGAUAAGAAGUGGUAGUUUAAUAAUUUAUAAUCAACACCGUAUUUUUCCAUAUGUAAGACGACCUUUUUUCUGAAAAUUCUUAAUGAUAAAUUGAGGGUCGUCUUAUACACGGGUUAAUAUGCUGAGCAAGAGAGAGCCGGUGCUGCAGCAGUAGCAGGGAAAUGUUGGAGAGGAGGCUGUUUACUCACUCUUCCCAGCUUAGGAAGAGUAUUUGGUGAGCGUCAGUAUGUGGUGUAUUACUGCACCAGUUCCGUCAGCCAGAAUGGAGGAUCGUCGAAAAGCUGCUCAAUGGCUCAGCAAACUUACAAAAGAAGCUCAACAAUUGUUGAGGGCUCUGAAAAAUAGGGGUUGUCUUAUACAUGGGGUCAUGUUAUACACGGAAAAAUACAGUAUAUAAUGGGUAAAAUAUAAGCAAUAUACCAUCUUUAUAAAGAAAGAAAAGAACAUAAUGGAAGGGUGGAUGGGAAGUCAGCGGAUAUGAAAUAAAUGUUCUGAUGUUUGUUUAAAAUAAUUUGUGAAAUUUGAAAAGCUAAUUUUAAAAAAAGUUUUUUAAAAAGGAGUUGAGUAGGCUGCAAGUUGAGCAGAUGGGGGGGGGGGGGAUAGCCUAAGAUGUCCAAAUCCAUAAGCACAUUUGAAGAAAUAAUGUCUUGAAGUGUUUAAAAUCCCCCGUUAAUAUGAAGUGCAUUUCCAUUGCAAAUGUAUUAUACAAUCUGGGGAAAUCCUCAAUCUCCAAAUACACUUCAUUCGUAUUAGCGAUCUCAGCAAUUUAUACACUUUUGUUGAACGAUUCUAAGACAGAUGCUUGAUAAAUGCAUUCUAGCUUCAGAACAAUCACCAUACCAUUUGAUGUAAAAACUUGGUUCCCUUCAGUGGGUUGCACUGUGCCACACUGUGGUCAGUCACAAAUACAUCCUUGUAGCAAUACUGUCAGUACUGCGGAAGAACGUUUGACCACCUUUCCAUUACAACAAUGCACUGGUCCUCAACAGGUGGCUCAGGACUGGAGGUCCAAUCUCAGGAUAGUCCUCGCAGAGAUGCCACUGCCGUUUUGUUUUGUGAAGAGAAGCAGCCCUCCUCCUGCUUGAAGCUGGAACAGACGCUGUUGGAAAACUGUUUCUCCUUCAGUUAUUUGUCUGGUGGCAGUAGUUGAGGAGGAGGGCAGGCUGGCUGGCAAAGGCCCUGCCUGUGGAAAGGAGGUGGCUAGGCAGCUGAGAGGAAAUGGGUGUGUGGAUUCGCUCCCUGUCCCCGUCCUCUCCCUGCUCAAUAGUCAGUGCAGACCAUAAUGAGCUGGAUGAAGCAUGGGUCUGAUUUUUUGGAAGGCCCAUGUUCCUAAGGAAGGCAAUUCUUCUGAAAUCCCCCCUUCUUUACCCCAGUCUCCUCUUACUCCCAUGGCACUUGGCUGCUCUGCUUCCCAUUAACCCAUCCUCCAGCCAGACUAACAGCCCUUCCCUGCUUCCACCAGGGUACAAUGCCUGGAGGCGGUUCUGCGGCCUAUCAGAGCCCAGCGAUGAGACUGAGCUCGCUGCCGUAAUGGGCAAUUCCCAGCUGGCAAAGAAGUUCAUCGACCUUUAUGGCACACCAGAGAACAUUGACAUCUGGAUUGGGGCCAUGGCUGAGCCCUUCGUCCCCUAUGGGAGGGUCGGGCCCCUCCUGGCGUGCCUCAUUGGGACCCAGUUCCGGAAAACCCGGGACGGAGACAGGUGAGCUACUUGCCCUCUGAGGAUCUCAUUUCUCUUUGUGACAGCUUUGUGACAGAGCUUGGGGCAUAAUUAGAACCCAGGUUCCCUUUUUAGGGAAGGGGAUCUGCGAGGAGCAAGGAGGAUGGUGGCCAUUUUCUUGCAGGGCGCAGUGUGCCAUUCUAGGAGUGCUGCAAUCGACACAAGAUAAUAUCACCAAGGCAACUAUCUGUAAACAAACAAUAAAUGUCCAUAAAAAUGGUAAAAGUAGUUCCUUUCCUAAAUAGUUUCUAUCUUGAACAAUAGCAAACACAGCAAAUAAAGAGCUCACUUGUGAUAUACCAGUGGUUCAGUGCUUGGCUGUCAUUCCAGUAAUCCGACGUUUCGUUGCUAAAGAGCCUAGUCAUCAAGCUUUGUAGUAAAUAAUAUACAAGAGAAGACAGUAUGUAAAUGACUUAAAGCAGGGAUAUAUCUAUCCCCAUCUGCAUGUUUCCAUCAGGAGGAGCAUAGAAAGAGGACAAUGUCCUUCAAUUUGUUAAACCUGGUUUAGUCUUUAUUCCUGCAUUUGUUAUUCUUCAAGAUAAAAGCUAUUUUGGAAAGAGAAGAAAGGAGCACUGAACCAUUGAUAUAUUACAGGUGAGCUUUUUAUUCACUGUAUUUGUUUCAGGGCCAAACUGAGGGGGACAAGACUGAGAAGGAAUGAUGGGGACCACCACCCCUUCUCCCGAAGCUUCCAGAGAAGAGGAAGGCAGUAUUGAAUUACAGCAGUGGUUUGAGGAAGGUCACAGCUCAGAGACAGGCGAAUAGAAGAGUUGGGAGGUGUUGGGAGAAGAGAAGGGGGAGACAGAGCAGCCAGCUGACACGUUAUCACUGGAGAGCAUUUCUGGCCCCCCUUCUCCCAGAACAUGCCAUUCACUGCAAGAGCAAAGGUCUCAGAGACAAUUAGCCCCUGGGGGGCAUUGUAAGCGGAAGUGCUGUUGUUAGGAAGGGAGCAGGGAGGCGUUCAGUUGGAGCAGCGCCAUUAACGGGAGAUAGACUGCAUUCCUUUGUCUCUCACUGUGACGAGUAAACAAAUUAGUAAGAACUCUUCUUUGUUUUUCUCUGCUUCUUGCUGCCACCACGGGAGGGAUAGAAUUCCCCGAAGCCUAACAGUUCGCUAUUGUUUAAGAUAAAAAAUAUUUAGGGAAAGAAGCUGCUUUUGCCAUUUUUAUGGGCGUUUAUUGUUUGUUUACAGAUAGUUGCCUUGGUGAUAUUAUCCUGUGUUGAUUGCAGAAGGCAUUGUAUCAUCACCCUGUUCAUUGUUUCAUUCUAGGAGUGCUGGCAUUGUUGGUACUUGACAAGGGGCCUCUAUUGAUCCCCAGAAACCCCCCAAUUCUGUUCCUCCUUAGGAUUGAUAAGAAGCUGCCUUAUGGUGCGACCUAUCUACUUCAGUGUUUGCUACUGGUAGCAAUGCUCCCAUCAGCCCCAGCAUCAUACAGCCACCCUGGCUGGGGCUGAUGGGAGUUGGAGUCCAGCAGCAUCAGGAGGGCACCAAGAUGGCAAAGGAUGCUCUAAGCAUCUGGCUGGCUGCUGUAGGAAACUAGGUGUGAGACAAUGGGGCCUUUGGGCUCUUCUUGGGAUCUCAGAUAAUGUUAGUGAAAACAGUUAAAAAUACCAGAAGUCAAAAAACGUAGCAGGUGCAUGGAAAGAUUUCAAGGGGUGAGAGUCACAUUUCUUCCUUGCCAACCUCAGAGUGGUGUGGGGUACAUACCAGUGCUAAAUAAGGCCAGAGGCAAAAGUGGUUGGAGACAGUGGGUGUGAAUUUAACCUUUGUACAGUAGGCUACGCCGCAGCCAUGCAAAAUCCAGAGGCUUCUGCAUGUGCUCGUCUCCAUCCUCCACCCAGGCAAACAAUCCAGGCAUUCUCUGAGUUUGAGGAUGAGACUCAGUCAGUUAAAAUCUCUCCAGGGAGAUGUAAAGCGGGGAAUGACCUAGGAGCACCCUGAGAGCCAGAGAGAGAGGUCUAGAGGUGCACAUCUGGCCUGUUGGCUGAGGACUGCCCACCUGUGAUUUAAACCAGUGGUUCCCAAAGCGAGCAGUACCACCCCCUGCAGGGUGGCGGGAUUCCCUAAGAAGCAAAGGGGCGGCAGGAGGGCAUUGGAGGUGCAAAUAACUAACCGAUUUGGAAAAGCUGGUAUCACUAGUUCAAGUUGGUCAGUUUUGUUGAAUGAAUUGAACUCAAUAGUUUUAACUGGAUUUUAAGUAAAUGUGCAAUUAAUUGUUACUGUUUUGAACUUCAUUGUGUUAUUAUCUUAUUUAUAGUGGGGCACACAAACCACUACAGUGGUACCUCUAGAUACGAACGGAUCUAGAGGUACCACUGUAGUGGUUUGUGUGCCCCACUAUAAAUAACUAGCAAACGUAACUAGCAACGGCACGUGCUUUUCACCGCUUCUGCGCAUGCGCGUGACGUAAUUUUGAGCGUCUGUGCAUGCGCAAGGGGCAAAACCCGGAGGUAACACAUUCUGUUACUUCUGGGUUGCCGCGGAGAGCAACUCAAAUGCACUCAACCCGAAGUGCAUUCAACCCGAGGUAUGACUGUAUUAUGAAUAACGAUUUUUAUAGGGUAGGGGGCGCUGGGGGGUGAGCUUGUGGAAUAAAGCAGGAAGUAGCCCCCAAAGGUUUGGGAGCUGCUGGUUUAAAGGAUAAAACCUGGAAGCGUUCGCUCAAAUGAAACUGUCUUCUAGCAUUGCUCACGUUAGAAUACAGCCCUUGUUACCAAUUAGACGGGGUUUGACGUCCCAGGACAAAUGUCAACCAACCUCUUCCUCUGCCCUUUCCUCCUUGCUUGUUGCAGAUUCUGGUGGGAGAAUCCCGGGGUGUUCACCCCCUGGCAGCGGCGGGUUCUGAGCGGCGCCUCGCUCUCCCGCAUCAUUUGUGACAACACCCACAUCCAGGAGGUGCCCCACGAUGUUUUCAAGAUGAACCACUACCCGAGCGAUUUUGUGAAAUGCCGCGAAAUUGGAGGACUGGAUUUGUCUGCUUGGAAAGAAUAGACUGGCAGCAACAUGGGGAAGUUUUGGGGUGUGUGGGUUGAGACAUUGCAAACCUGCCAGAAUGCCAGAAAGUUAAUGUGAGCUGGGACUCAGCCCUGCGGGUAUCACAACCACUUCAGAAUGCAUAGUGACCUUCUUCUGGUCACAGAGUGAUGAAAACUGACCUGUCUCCUGAGCGAGACUCCCAGUUGGGUUGGAGUUCAGAUCCUGUAGAUAGUGAAUCAUAGCAUUGUUCAGUUGGCAGGGACUCCAAGGUUCAUCCAGUCCAAACCCUUGCAAUGUUGGAAUAACAGCUGAAGCACCCCUGGCAGAUGGACCAUCCAACCUCUGUUUAAAAAGCUGUAGUGAAGGACCUUUGUAGUCCACUGCCACAAACUCUCAAAAUGCCUCUUUGCCAUCCCUGGGCCAAAAUCUGGGAUUCAUCUCUGCCAUUCAUAUUUCCUGACAUUCUGGGAAGGUGGUUUGGGCUCUGGGAUGAAGGAAGGUCAGUUUGAGGUGGCUAUUUGGGGUAGAUUGGGGCUAAAUCCAGCAAUGACCAUCCAAGGAUUUGUGACACUCACAUCUGCCCUUGGGAUGUGAAAACAGCACAACCAGCCAGAUAUUUUAAUUAAGCAAAAUAUCACAAAAUAGCAAGGUAGGGUUUUUUUUGUUCUUUAGAGUUCUUGACUAGGCAGAACUCAGAAUCUGAACGCUUGCGCGCCCUUUUGCAACAUUGUUGUUUGGCCUAGUGAAGUAUUGCCCUGUGGAUUUUCUGAUGGAAUGAGCCGUUCAUCCGACUUUAAAAUUUGCUCUUUUCUCUUUCCUUUACAUAUUGUCACAUAGCUGGAUUUCGAAAGCUAUGUGCAACACAUAGUCUGAUUUCAUUUCAGUGAUUGUAUAGGCACUAACCGGGAGGUGUAUUUAUUUUUUAAUGAUGGAGUUGUGAGACUUAUCUGAUCAAUACUAAUAAAAAAAAAACCCCAGAUAAAUACAUGAAACUGUAAUCUGUGUCUCCAGGGUGACUGGUGCCCCUUGGGCGGAAGGCAGGGAGCCCAACAGUAGGUGGCGCCAGAGCCAAUGGCAGGCGCAGCUGACUAAUUCUAGGCUUAUCUUCAUCUUCCUACUCUCUGCUAAGUUCUAUGAAGGCAACACUGAUACUAAUCAGAUGAUAGUCAGUGGCACCUUUUGGGCUGGUUGUAACAAGGCAGGCAGAUGGGGGUGGGGGUGUUGGCCAAGGGGAGACCGAGGUGGUGGGGCAGUGCCCCACUUGCCUUAAUGUACAAUCCUCUACUGCUGUGCUUUCUGAACAAAGAGACACAGGAAGCUGCUAAUGGCUCCAGACCCAUAAGAACACAAUAAGAGCCUGCUGGAUCAGGCCAAUGGCUCAUCUAGUCCAUCAGGUUUGUUCUCCUCAAGGAGGCUUGCCUGGCGAAAUCAUUAUACAUCUUUAGGUUGUUGUCAGGCAAUAGCUUUCCUCUAUAAACAGGCCUUUGGCCUUUAACUCUCUG